AUGUAUCAUCCAGCUACCGUAGGUCGCGUAAAAAUUGAACAUCCCCCUGGACAAGUCCAUUAUGUUCAUAGAUUCCGAAACAACGUUUUCAGAAUUAUACACCCCUUUAGUAACAUUUCGCAAUGCAAGUAUACUAGCUUUAAAUUCUCUGCUCCUACUAAUCAGUCCACCGAUGUGGCCGGCACCCUCUAUGUUCAUCAACUUCAUCUCAACGGAACCAUUGAAUUAGUCCCUGUACCUAUCAUCAUUACCAACGAGAUCACUCUCUCCGAAUCUGAUGUUGGACCUGAAGUGUCGGGUAUGUAUGGGCUCCGCCACUCCCAUACCACCAUUGUGACUCGUAACGAAGCUGGGGAAUCAGUGGAAUGGGUAAUAAAGUGUGUAGCGUAUGGCGGUACUGAUAUCAUCUUAGAUGUAGAUGGUGUUUAUUACCUCAAAGGGAGAUUACUUGCAUUAAACAAUAAAGAGAUUCAAAAGUUUUACUACGAGCCUGACUUUCAAUUACUCGCAAAUGCAUCUGAAAACCUGGAGUGCAAUCUUGCCAAUGGAGUAAGCGUUACUGGACUUGGCAUCAUCUCGACACGGACCCCUAUGCCAAUUGAGCCCGGAAAGGAAAAUGUGUUUUUAAUUGUUAAGCAUUCCAACUACAAUCCCGAUGUUGGCCUUCAAACUACUUUUGAAGUCGAAUAUCGCGCAAUGUGGUCUAAGUUGAUGGAGAAAUUGCAACCUCUGAUGACUGUGGGAAGGGAAAUGAUGCUUACUGGACAUAUUGUAGGACGUAAUGAAGAGAAACAAAUGUGGAUAGUGCAGUUGACCGGUGUGAGUGUAACCUCAGGCUCGGAGACCCCUACCCCAUCAGCUCCUAUCGAGGGGAGCUCUACACGCUCCACCCCUCGAGGUCGGGCUCGUGCCAAAAUGAUAUUUCCCAAGAGCGAAUCUUCUCAACCUCAAGCUUCCUCUUCCUCAACUGCUCCCAGCACCAACAUGCCUGAAGAUGACUCAGUUAAUGGUAAAGGAAAAGGAAAGUCAGCCGUAAAACCAUCUUCCACCCGGACCCCUGUUAAGAGAGCUAGAGGUAAUGGUUCAGAUGUUGAAACCUGA